GUCUGUUCGUAUGUGUAGGCGCGGCUUGAGAAAAACAGGAAGAAGACAGGUAAAGGUGAUCUGUCCCGCACACCUAUGCGCUUUGUUGACUUCUUUGUACCCCCAUUUGAGCCGACGUACUAACUAGAAAAAUGGUGAAGAUUGAGGCGACCAACCGGCCAGACAACACUGCCUUCACCCAGCAGAGGCUUCCAGCCUGGCAGCCCAUGCUCUCUGCUGGCAUCGUCAUCCCAGGCUUUGUCCUCAUCGGCCUGGCUUUCAUAGGCAUUGGUGUGGCUCUCUUCAUCACCUCACGGAACAUUCAAGUGUUGGAGCUUGACUACACUGGGGUGGAGCAGAACUCCCCAUGCUUCAGGUGCUCGGACCCUGAUGUGAGGGACUGUGUGUGCACGCUGGAGUUCUCCAUUGACAGAUUGAUUGAGGGACCAGUGUUCUUCUAUUAUGGGCUGUCCAACUACUUCCAGAACUAUAGACGAUACAGUGUCUCUAGAGACGAUAACCAGCUUUACGGAGACUUGGACAGCUUCAAGUCUCCCCUUGAUGAAUGUGCACCCUAUCAAUACAACAGCGACAACGUACCGAUUGUGCCGUGCGGCUCCAUCGCAAACAGCAUGUUUAACGACACAUUCAGGCUGUUUCAGACCGUGAAUGGUCAGCCGAGGCUGGUGCCCUUGGAUGGAAAAGGGAUCGCUUGGUGGACAGAUUACAACAUCAAGUUCAGAAACCCUAGCGUCACGCCUCUGAGAGACGCAUUCAAUGGCACCGUCAUGCCGCUGUUUUGGCCCCGACCGGCUUUUGAGUUGGACACCUCAGACCCUGCAAACAACGGCUUCAUCAAUCAAGACUUCCUGGUGUGGAUGCGAAGAGCCGCCCUGCCUGAUUUCCGAAAAUUAUACCGCCGAAUCACGGAGGGGGAUUACGCAGAUGGCCUCCCAGCGGGAAACUACUCACUGGAAAUUUCCUACAACUAUCCUGUGUUGAGCUUCAGCGGCAGUAAGACGGUAGUGUUCAGCAACGUGUCUUGGAUGGGCGGCAAGAACGAGUUCCUAGGUAUCGCCUACCUGGUGAUUGGCUCGCUUUGUGUCGUCAUGUCCGUGGUCAUGCUCAUCGUCUAUGCCAAGUUCAAGUUCCCAGAGGAGGACUGAGAAGCGUCGUGAGUUUUAAUGCGCCAUGAACUGAUUGGAAAUUUGAUGGCGUAGACAUCAAGGUUGGCGCUGCAUGUGCACAAGGUAGUGUGUGGAGGGUGUUUGUGUACAGUACUUGUUUCCUUGGCUUGUUUAUAUCCACAUCGAUGCAUCUGCGAUGACUCUGAAACGAUGAAAGCAGAAUGGAUUUACAGACUGUUUUAAAAUGUAUGUGGCAGGGUUUUGUCUCAGGAUUUAUUUUUGCGGUUUUAGUUCAUUCUUUUUACUCCAUACGAUACUUUGUUUUAAAUCAGCAGCACAGGCCAAAAAGUUGGAUUUGCAUAUUAAAAUGUAAAUGCAGUUUAUUUUACUCUAUAGAUUUUUUUCCCCUAGCUUUGUAUGCCUGAUGUACUUUUAACUUUUAUUCUAUUUCCCACUCACUUGGUUUUACCUCAUGUUAAUAUUUAUGCAAUAAAAUAAUGCAAA